AUGGCGUACGACGCCGAAGAAGCUGCUCGGAGAGCAAGAGAGGCUGCAGAUCGGGCUGAACAAGCUGCAAUGCUGGCUGACCUGAGUGAAGAGCGCCGCGCACAACUCGCCGUGCCCGACGCACCACCAGAACACAUCCUCGCAGAAGACCCUCGCACACAAGCUCAAGCAAAGCUCAUUGCUCGUGGCACAAAGAUUCGCGGCGAGGCCGAGACCAGCAAGGAUCCAAAUGCCGUGAAGCGCGCUGGUUGGUAUCCUGACGUUCCUGUUAACGAAGACGGCGACCGAUUCUCUGGCCAAGGUCACCGUGACAGGCAACUCGCCCAGCAGAGCGGUUCAUUUGGACGUGCAGGAGCUCGACCUGCUCAGCAAGGACCUCAAUCAUCCCGCAGCAAUCUUAGCGGCGGCGGCGGCGGUGGCCCACCCCAAACACGCGCAGCAGCACGUGGCACAAUCCUGCCAGCCUCCAGUCGAGUGCAGCGGCCUCCUUCGCCACGCAAAUUCGGUACUGUUCGCUUUCCACCUCCGUCCAGACCCAUCCUCCCCGCAACAGGCGCCCAGCGCACGUCCAGCAACGCAUCCACCGGUCCGCGUCAGUCCGCAGCUAUGAUUGCGGCCCAAAAGAUGGCGUUCGCGCUGGGUUCCAAUGGCACUGAUCGUCAAGCCAGCCCAGCUCAAGCUCCGCUGCCUGCUUUCCGCCAGCCAACUGCCAGCAAUGGUCCAGCCCCAUCGACUAUGCAGAACAAUUCUCCUCACACAUUCGCCCCACCCGCACCACCAGCCCCCAAAGCUUCAACCACCACUGCUCCUUCAACACAGGCUCCCGCAAACAAGGGCCCAGCCUCCACAACUUCAUCUACAACUUCAGGCAAUGGCAUCGUCCGUGUCUCAGCAAACGCAAUCGCUGCUCAGAACACUCUGAGACUUGCCGGCAUUCCGUUCAUCAUCGAAGGUUCUGAAGACCAGGCUAUGCCGGACCGCUCAAGCACUGAGUGGCCACGUCAGACUCCUGCGGCACAGUCGAUGCCAUCGUUCUCUUCUCCCUCUCCGCAAGCAACACCCCGUCCAACUCCAGCACCCGCACGCGACUCAUCGCCCACCCACUCUCAAGCUCCUGCGCCGCUCACUGGAGCCUCAGCCCUCAUCAGUCACCUCAAUCCGACCGGCGCUGCAGCAAAGAUGCUGAACAGCAUGGGCAUCAUUUCAACGGAGCCGCGCGUGCUUCCACCGAAGCUCACUCCGCCCUCUUUCCCAACUGGAGGCCGCACGUAUCCAGCUUCACCUCAACAGAGUGUGUUCUCAUACUCACGUGCAACGUCUCCCGCGCCACAAUCAUCAUCGGCACGUCCCGCAACAAUGCAGCCAGCAGCGCAGGCAAAUACAUCCGCCACGGGUCUAGGAGCAUCGCGCUAUACCAAUGGUGACGUUCCUGCUCUUUCAUCCUCUUCCGCCGUCAACGGACACGCUGCACCACCAUCAGCUGCCACUACCGUUCCACCUCAUAUGGCUGCCCAGCCCGAAAACUCUUCGUCCUCAACCGCACCUACUCGCCGUACUCGUACUGCAGUUCCGAGAGGCGUUGCUCUGGCUCCCGCGUCGACCGCUACUCAGCUUCCUGCGGAGGACGUGGUCAUGGGCGGCACCACGGCGGCACCCUCGACUCUUGCGCCAACCGGUUCCGACUUCACCUUCAUUGCGAAUGCACCAUCAACCCAGCAGCCGCCAGCGUCAUCGACGACUGCUGCGCCAACGUCGACCACUUUCAUCACCCCAGCUCUUCCCGUCACUCGCAGCGGGGUUGAUGCAAGCAUUCCCAUUCAUCGACUGCAGGCUCAAAUGUAUGCCGGUGGCCUGACGCCAGAAGAGAAUGCCCAGCGUGUGCAGUACUAUGAGCGGUUCCCCGAGCGCCUUCACUUCCUGGAGGAGGCUUGUGACCAGCUCAUCCUCGAGGGUCGUCCGACGUACCUGGAUGUUAUGGACACCGAGCCAAGCAAGCCUGUCGAGAAGAAAGAGACCGAGUCGAACAAGAAGCCGGAUACCAAGCCUGUGAAGCAGGAGAACGAGCAGGUCGCGACUCCAGUGGCUCGCUCCAACACCUCCAGGUCCAGUCUUGCUCCUCAUCUCCGCAACGGUACGGCUUCACCUGCUCCUCAUCUCCGCCGCGCUGCCGCCGUGGCUGCUCCAGCUUCUCCACGUGCUGAAGCGCCCACCGCCAGCAACACUCGUCAGCAGGCUAUCAAGACCGAGACUGAGGAUUCUCCCAAUGCCUCCCGCCCUCGCUCGGAAGCUCCAUUCAGCAUCACUGCCGUCGCCCCUUCCGGCCCCAGCCCAGCCGCUCAAGCUCACAACACCCGUGCCGCCGCCGCAAUCGCCACCGCCAACGGCGCCAACAUCGCCCAAGGCAUGCUCAGCGUCAUCUUCCAAGAUGCCAACGGCAACUUCCUCGGCAACCGCUCGAUUCCCGUCGAUGCUCCCGUUCAAGCGAACCUCAACAUCACCUCUCGCCACAUCGAGUUCAACCCCAUGGACUUGGCCAACGAGAUGGCUGCUCUCGCGGCUGCUAUGCGUCUGCACAUCGAUGGUGUGAAGCUCAAGCGCGGUGAUGGUCGGUUGUGGGAGGAGGACAAGAAGAAGGAGUAG